AUGCUCUUGAGGGACAGUUCCUAUUACAGUAAAAGUGUACUGUAAAUCAACACAAAAGAAUUAGAGUAGAUAUUAAUAAGAGAGCUGUGAAGCAACACUUCUCCAUCAUGCACUGGCACAGCGUCACUAUAUAUCAACUGUAGCCGGAUUGAAACACUCAUUCGCUCAGAUCAGAGGAAGUUAACAAACACAGGAGGAGCUGAUGAUGUUUAGAGAAAGAGUUGUGAGCGUAUAAUGAAGAGGAAGACUGACAGAAACAGAAAAUGUCUGAUAAGUGUGAUCUGUGUCUGCUGGGACUGAUCAUUCUCUGCUCACUUCUCACAGGUACCAGUGGAGUGAAUGAUGCUCAUGUGUUCAUCAGUUCUGGUGAAGAUGUCCGUCUGCGCUGUAAUAAUGCUCUUUCUGACUGCAACUCAACUACAUGGAUCUAUAACAGAUUCAGACAUUCAGUAGCAGUUGAACUGAUUACUUUAGGGAAAAAGAAGAAAGACACAGAGAGACAUGAGAGACUGAGUCUGGGGUCUGACUGCUCUCUGAACAUCAAGAACGUCACAAAAGAAGAUCCUGGAUUUUACAGCUGCCAACAAUAUGUGAAUGACAAACAACAAGGAACUGAUGCACAUGUUUAUCUGCAUGUUCUUCAUGUUUCAUCAUCAUCAUCCUCACAGACUGAGAUCAGUCCAGGUCGCUCUGUGACUCUCUCCUGUCAGUUGUAUUCAUAUGAUGGAGAAUCUUGUGAUCGUUGGGCCCGUUCUGGGGAAAUUCAUCUGUUGUGGGUGAAUCAGUCUGAUGUUGAUCUGAAGACAGACUCCAGAUAUCAAAUAUCAGCUUCAGGACUCUGUAUCAUCAAUCUGACUACAACACUCCUGAAGGAAGAUGACAACAGAGAGUGGAGAUGUCGGCUUACUCACAGAAAUCAAAACAAGACCUCAGUCAGAUACACUGUCAAGUAUUCAGCUCAAGAUGAUUCAACGACAGCAGUGAUUCCAGUCCACACCACAAACUCUCAGGAUCCCUCAACUAUAAAGACACCAGAAACUAAAGCUCAAGAUGUUACAACAAAAGCAGUGAUUCCAGUCCACACCACAAACUCUCAGGAUCCCUCAACUAUAAAGACACCAGAAACUAAAGAUCAAAAUGAUUCAGUGACAGCAGUGAUUCCAGUCCACACCACAAACUCUCAGGAUCCCUCAACUAUAAAGACACCAGAAACUAAAGAUCAAGAUGUUACAAAAAAUGCAGUGAUUCCAGUCCACACCACAAACUCUCAGGAUCCCUCAACUAUAAAGACACCAGAAACUAAAGCUCAAGAUGUUACAACAAAAGCAGUGAUUCCAGUCCACACCACAAACUCUCAGGAUCCCUCAACUAUAAAGACACCAGAAAAUAAAGCUCAAGAUGUUACAACAACAGCAGUGAUUCCAGUCCACACCACAAACUCUCAGGAUCCCUCAACUAUAAAGACACCAGAAACUAAAGAUCAAGAUGUUACAACAAAAGCAGUGAUUCCAGUCCACACCACAAACUCUCAGGAUCCCUCAACUAUAAAGACUCCAGAAACUAAAAUUGCAAUGUCAACUACAGCAACAUCACUGAUCCCAGAAACUACACCAAAAUUUCUAAAACCAGUCUCUCUCUCAGUGAUUGGGAUUGUUGGCGCUUCAUUCGCUGUUCUCCUUCUUGCUCUAAUUCUCUGGAUGAUUCUUAAAAAAAGAGCAGAUAACAGAAGAAGGACUGAUGACUCUGUGGAGCAGACAGAUGAUCAUGUGACUUACACUGAGGUCACUGUGUGCAGUAAAAACCAAGGCAAAAAGAAGAAGGUUCACUGUGAUGAUAAAGUGACGUAUUCCUCCAUCAGAGGAGCAAAAGUUGGAGCUCCAGAAAACUGCAGUGAACUUUAUGCCUCUGUGAACAAGAACCAUCACAAAUCAGUUGAAUAAUUAUACAAAAAACACAUGAGCAGAGGAAUAUGAAUCUAAUAUAAUUGACUCCUAAUGGUUUCUUUCAGUGCCAUUAUAAAUACUUUCAGUGUCUUUUACAUAAAAAAUGUCACCUAAGUGAUGCUCUGAUUUAUUUUGCUCAGUUCAGCAUGUUAUUGUACAGUUUCUGUCUGCUUGUUGAUCAGUUAAUGCUAGUGUCUUUAUUAUUAAUUCAGGGUCUGCAGACGUGCACAAAGAAAAUAAGGACAGUUUUACUCUCUUAGAUCAUUCUCAUUAAAUCAUGUAUUUUCUCGAGCAGCUUAUUACCUGUCAGUUUAUUAUGAGAACAGGCAAAGCUUGAUGAUGUAAGUGUUUAUCACAAUAUAUCAGGAAUGAU